AGUUCUAAUUUUUUUUUUUUUUUUUUUUUAAAUUUUUAACUUUCUAAAUGCUAGAACUAAAUUGUUGUUUAUUAUUUUUAUGUGUUUUGCAGUCUUCACUUGCAGCUGCUAGGGCAGACAACUUUUACUAUCCUCCAGAAUGGUCUCCCAAGAAGGGUUCACUGAACAAGUUCAAUGGUCAACAUGCGCUCAGAGAGAGAGCAAGAAAGAUAGACCAGGGUAUUUUAAUUAUAAGGUUUGAGAUGCCAUACAAUAUCUGGUGUGGGGGAUGUCAGUCGAUGAUUGCCAAGGGUGUGAGGUUCAAUGCUGAGAAAAAGCAAGUAGGAAAUUAUUACUCCACAAAGAUAUGGAGCUUUACAAUGAAAUCUGCAUGCUGCAAGCAUGAAAUUGUCAUUCAAACAGAUCCAAAAAACUGUGCGUAUGUAAUUAUUAGCGGAGCUCAAAAGAAGACUGAAGAUUAUGAUGCUGAAGAUGCUGAAACCUUAGUACUCCCAGUAGAUGAAGACAAAACUAAGUUGGUGGAUCCUUUUUAUCGCCUUGAGCACCAGGAGGAAGACUUGAAGAAGAAGAAAGAAGCUGAGCCUUUACUUGUUCGUCUUCGGCGAGUAUCUGACACUAGACAUUCAGAUGAUUAUGCCAUGAACAAGGCUCUGCGAGCCAAGCUUAGGGGUCAAAAGAAAAGAGUUGCCGAGGAAGAGGCUGCUGCUAAGAAAAUAGGACUUGGUAUUAGGUUACUACCACCUUCUGCAGAGGAUGCUGCAACUGCUGCAAGUGUUAAAUUUACUCAUAAGUUCGAUAGGAACAGAAGGGAUAAACGGGCCAUCAUUUACUCUGGAUCAAUCUUCUCUGGAUCGUCUGGUUCCUCCAAGCAUUCAGAGCUAGAAUCUAAGAGGAGAAAAAUAAACGCCUCUGCUGCAUCAAAGCUGCUGGUUGGAGGAUUUAAGCCGUCGUCGUGGUCUGAGGCUGCCGUUUCAUCUAAGAGACAAAGGCGAAUCUAACAAAAUGAUUCCAAGUGCUUUCCUCCUGCCAAUAUUUUCUUGGUUUACCUCGUUGAAACUUCUGCUUAAAAUGUGUUGCCUUCUACUUGUAGUUAGUUUCAACCUUGUUUUGAUAGGCAGUUCAGUUACUUGUACAGAGUUUAUGUGUGUUGAGUGGUUUUCUCUCCGCUUCCAACGGUGUUUGUAUCUGUCAAUCUGAAUAAAAAUGCAUUUGUAUUACUGAUC